AUUGCAGCCAUUCGAUUCGUGGGCUUGUACGCCCACGCCGGACACAGCUACGGCGUGGCUCGAGGGGAAGGUGCGAAGCUGGAUAGCAUCGCAUCGAGUGAGGCUGCACUCAUCACCAGCUUCGCCGAUCGCCUCAAGUCGAGGGGUGUCACGUGCACAUACAUCAGCAUCGGCUCCACACCCACGUGCCUGGCGCCUAUACUUUCUAACUCGGGCAUCACGGACAUCCACCCGGGAAACAAUCUAUUUCUAGACAAGCAGCAGUCGCUGACGGGUACGUGUGACGUUGUCCAAGACUGUGCCGGCAGAGUGGUGUCUACGGUCGUUUCAGCAUAUCCCGACAGAGAUCGCUUGGUGAUUGAUGCGGGUGCCAUGGCUCUGUCCAAAGAUACCUGCACAGAGGGGGGCUUUGGUGAGAUCGUCGGACAUCCUAAUUUAAAGAUAGUCAGCGCCAGCCAGGAGUGCAGUAUUGUCGAGUGCGACCCCUCGAUCACGGACGCUGCCCUCCGCCAAUCUACACUGUCUGCUCUUGGCGUUGGUUCAGUCAUUCAGAUAGUACCCAACCAUGCUUGCCUUGCGGCCGCUUGCUACCAGCGCUAUGCCGUAGUGGAUAGAGAUGACAUAGUCGUACAGUGGUGGCACAGAUGUCCCUCGGGAUGGUAAGGUGGGGCUUCACUAUCCCAUUUCUAUUUUAGAUAUUUUUGCGAUAGUUUGUAUACCACUUAUUAUUCGCGCCCGUUGAAUAUAAUGGGGCGCUUGUGGACUACCGCUGCUGAGCAUUAGUGGAUAAAAAUAAUACAAACCAAAAUUGAUGGUAUAGAGUAUUGUUUCUUGAGCGAAUAAAAUAACAGAUACAUGCGUCUCGCCC